AUGCCGAAGUGCUUCGCUGAUUGCUAUGGUGGCAGAACCGAGGGCGAAGCUGACCCGCUGUUGGACACCAUCGUCGACAGGCUGCUGUCCGUGGUGGUGACGCUUGGAACGCUGCCGUUCCUGGUCUCGCCGCGCAGCAUGUCCCCUGCUGCCACGGUGGCGGAGCGCCUCAACAAAAAAUUGUUCGAGCUGGUGAGCGCUCGCCAUCAGCUGGGGAUUUCAUUGGCGAGCUCAUAUAAUCGCCCAGUGUUGCUCAUAGUGGACCGCACAGUCGAUCUGGGAUCAAUGAUCCAGCACAGCUGGAACUACCAGCCGCUGCUCCACGAUUUGUUUGGCAUAAACUUCGACAAGCUCGUGUUGGAUACUGGUAGCGAAAAGUCGAAGAAAGUUACCUAUGACCUUGAGUCUGGCGACAAGCUCUACCAAGCAAUCCACAGGCUGCCGCUGUCUGACGUUGCGUCACACAUUGCCACGUCGCUGGAAAGCUACAAUGCGCAACUCUCCCAGAUAAACAAGGGCGAGGAUGAGGCUGCAGGGAGUCUCGUGAACGCCAUGAAUGCCAUCCCCCAGCUCACCGAGCAGAAACGCCUGCUUGAUAUGCACACGAAUUUGGCCACUGCGCUGGUGGACGCAGUUAAGAGCCGUGAUUUAGAUCGCUUCUACGAGUUCGAGUACGAUUUGGAUCUGUUGAGUGAGAAGAAUUGUUUCCAGCAGUUUGAGGAUCUCCUGGCGAACGAUAAGUCCACUGCGAUGGACCUGUAUAGGUCGCUUCUCCUGGUGGCACUCAACCGCCCCGGAGUUUCGGAAUCGCGAUUCGACGAGCUUGAGCAGCGCAUUAAGCUGCGCGGAGAGCUCAAAUCAGACAGUUUGCGCGGUCUGCGCAACCUCAUGAAAAUGAAGGCCUUUAGCGAGGGGCUGCUGAAGCAGAUCCAAAACGCGAAAACAUCGGAUUUGUCAACGGCGAAGCAGAUCAACGAGGGGAUGAGCCCAUCUGAUCAGCCACGCCGUGAAUUUUCGCAGGGACACAAGAAGCUGGCGGAGUACAGCAGCAAACUCAUCGACACCGGAGUCAGCCUGUUCAAGGGAGUGCGCCGCUUACUGCCACGCAAAAAGCAACCCUGCGUUGUCAGCGUGUUGGAGAGCUUGCUGAACAAUCCCGAAGCCAUAUCCAACGAGUUUGCAUACUACGACCCAAGGGCCUCUGAGAGCGCACUUGCGCCCUCCGUCCGCCGCUCUACAUCGCGGAAGUGCGUCCUCUUCGUAGUAGGAGGCGGCUCCUACAACGAGGCCGUGGCGCUGCAGGACCUGGCCUCGCGCUCGAAGUACUCGAUCAUCUACGGGUCGACUGCCUUCGACCGACCUGAGGAUUUCAUGGAGCAGCUGGGAGGUUCUGCAUUUUCACUAUAA